GCAUCCAUUAUUGAUGAUAUUAGAAUAAAGCAAAAACUACAGCGCGAUGUACUAGCGGAUAUAAUACCCAGUGCCAGAAAGAAAGGAGGCAAGAACAAGAAACGACAGGUUACAAAUUCAGAUGAUCUUAUUAACUCUGGCAUUCAGGAAUCCAAUAGCGUGAAUAUUGAUGUACAGUGCCUUAGAAG